CUCCCGGGCACGCCCCGUGGGCGGAGCUGUAUCGGUGAGGGCUCAGGCUGCCGGCUCCAUGCGCCCCGGGACCCGGCCGUGGUACCAUGAGGAGCGGCUGCAGCUGCGGGGCCGUCCCGGGCCUCCUCCUCCUACUGGCGCUGGGGAGCCGCACCGGGAGAGCAUUGCCCCCCUCCAGCUGUGAGGAGAACCAGUUCCAGUGCAUGAACCAGCGCUGCAUCCCCAGCCUGUGGCGGUGUGAUGAGGAUGAUGAUUGCUCCGAUAACAGUGAUGAGGAAGGCUGCCCAAAGGCAACCUGCGCAGAAAACGAGUUCACCUGCGACAAUGGCCAUUGUGUCCUGGCUCGCUGGAAGUGCGAUGGGGACGAGGAGUGUCCUGAUGGGAGUGACGAGUCCGAGGCCACCUGCAGUUACCUGAAGCAGGUGUGCGCUGCAAAGAAGUUCAGUUGUGGAGAAUCCAGUAAUAAAUGUAUCCCAGCAACCUGGAGGUGCGAUGGCGAGAGGGACUGCGAAAAUGGCGUGGAUGAGAAGGACUGUCCAACUGGUUGCCCCCGUGGUGAGAUCCAGUGCGCUAAUACACUGUGUGUCGCUGCCAGCUUUGUGUGUGACGGCGUCGAUAACUGCGGUGAUGCCAGCGAUGAACAUGAUUGUGCAUUAGUCACCUGCAAACCAGGACAGUUCCGCUGCGGGAAGGGCGUCUGUAUCCCAGAAAAGUGGGUGUGCGAUGGACAGGCUGAUUGCGUGGAUCAGUCUGAUGAAUCGGAGGAUCGCUGCGGUCUGAAAAGUCAGCCACAGGCGGUGACGCAGUGCGGGGCGCAGGAGUUCCGAUGCAACAACGGCAAAUGUAUUCAUCUGAACUGGAGGUGCGAUGGAGACCACGACUGCAAGGACAAUUCCGAUGAGAUGGAUUGCCCCGCGGCUACCUGUCGCCCUGAUGAAUUCCAGUGCGGCGAUGGGUCAUGUGUACACGGGAUGUAUCAGUGUAAUGGAGUCAGAGAUUGCGCCGAUGGCAGUGACGAGGCCGGAUGCCACUCUGCUGUGAACGUGCCGUGCGACACAGACGGGACAUUCCAGUGUAAGAACGGCGAAUGCAUUGACAUCCGGAAAGUGUGCGACUCUCGCCAAGACUGCCGGGAUUGGUCUGAUGAGCCUUUGAACGAAUGUGGUGUGAACGAGUGUCUGAUGAAUAACGGCGGCUGCUCGCACAUCUGCAAAGACCUGAAAGUCGGACACGAAUGUGACUGUCCCACCGGCUACAAGCUUAUCGACAAAAAGACCUGCGGAGACAUAGACGAGUGUGAGAACCCGGACGCGUGCAGCCAGAUCUGCGUGAACUAUAAAGGGGACUACAAGUGUGAAUGUUACGAGGGAUAUCAGAUGGACCCCGUCUCCAAAACCUGCAAGGCUGCUGGGCAGAGCCCAUACCUGAUCUUCACAAACCGCCACGAGCUGCGGCAGAUUGACCUGGUGCACAGAGAUUACUCGCGGCUCGCCUCCCAGUUAAAAAACGUUGUGUCUCUGGAUGUAGAAGUGAUCAGCAAAAAGAUUUACUGGUGCGACCUUUUCCAUCGCAAGAUAUACAGCGCCCCUGUGGAUCGUGUUGCAGACCCAGCUGAACAUGUCGUGUUGAUUGACAGCCAUCUCCACUCUCCGGAGGGUCUCGCUGUGGACUGGAUCCACAAGAACAUGUACUGGACCGACUCUGGCAACAAAACCAUUUCCGUGGCCACCACUGACGGCUGGAAGCGGAAAACACUGUUCAGCCGGAGCCUGGGGGAGCCGAGAGCCAUCGCUGUGGACCCCACGUCAGGGUUCAUGUUCUGGUCAGAUUGGGGCGACCCGGCAAAGAUUGAGAAAGCGGGCCUGAAUGGGGGCGAUCGGCAGGUGCUGGUGUCCGAGGAGAUUGAGUGGCCCAAUGGGAUCACCAUAGAUGUGCUGACCCAUCGCUUGUACUGGGUGGACUCCAAGCUCCAUACCUUGUCCAGCGUGGACUUCAGUGGAUCCAACCGGAAGCUGCUGAUCUUCUCAGAGGAUAUGCUGAGUCACCCAUUUGGUCUCGCAGUGUUUGAGGACAAGGUGUUCUGGACAGAUCUGGAGAAUGAAGCCAUAUUCAGCGCCAACAGACUGACCGGGAAGGAGAUUUUUGUCUUGGCCGAGAAUCUAAACAACCCUCAUGAUAUCGUCGUCGUCCAUCAGCUUAAACAACCAAAAGCUGUGAACGCCUGUAACCAGGGACCUCUUCCCAAUGGCGGCUGCGAGUACCUGUGUCUGGCGGCUCCGCAGAUCUCCGUCCAUUCCCCCAAGUACACCUGUGCCUGCGCAGACGGGGUGGCGCUGGGACCGGACAUGCGGAGCUGUAAGAAAGUUGCAGUAACUAUCACUACUGAGCCAACGUUACCACCUCUCAGCACGGAUUCCCCAGCGGCAGAUCCUGCAACUGCUGCCACAACUGCAACACCCUCCUCAACUCCCUCCGCUACAACAGUGGUGACCCCUGACCUCUCCAGCACUACCGACAGCCUCCGAACUACCUCUAUGUCCACCCGCGGGGGGGUCCAGAUCAGGACUACGGGGAACACCAGUGUAUACCAGCAGUAUGGAAAUGCGGAUUCUGACCUCAGGUCCACACUGACUGCUGCAGUGAUCGGUGUAGCUGUGCCUGUUGCCGUCCUCGCACUUCUAUGCCUGUCUGGGUAUCUCAUCUGGAGAAACUGGAAACGAAAGAAUACAAAGAGUAUGAACUUUGAUAAUCCCGUUUAUCGGAAAACAACUGAAGAGGAAGAGGAGGAGGAAGAAGAGAUUCACAUUGGUCGAACAUCACAGAUUGGACAUGUCUACCCAGCUCGCGUGGCGUUAAGCUUGGAAGAUGACGACUUACCUUGAAGCCCAGCACAACAAACACUGCAGCUGUUCCCGUGUUUUCCCAGCGUAAACAUGACCAGCAUAACAUAUUACAUGCUACGCCGCCAGCAAACCUUAGCACGUAUCCUUGUCACAUGCGUGUGAUGUCAUGGGUCCCGCUCGUCAGCGAGAUCGCGGCAUUGAGUAGAUCUUGUGUUACAGGCAGAGGAGAAAACUCACCGACUCACCUCUGGAUUAUUCCAGACUCAUCCCUUUCUUAUUUAUUUUGCUGAUGGACAACCACAAAAAUUCCACGUUUCAGACAUCCAAAGGAUGUAAAGGUUUGUGUGUGUAAUCUUUUAUACAGAUUUUUACUUGAUCCGAGGAGCGGCCCUCCCUCUGUACAUAGCAGCCUCUUGGGACAAACAACCAUUUUAAUAUAUUAUAUUUAUAGAAGUUUUUUUGUACAUAAUUUAACAAGACUUUGUGGUUCUCCAUCAACAUAUAUUACAUUAAUGAUGAAACGUAGAAUUUUUUAGGAUAUUUAUUAACCCGGGUGUGCUUGGGGCUUUUGAGGAAGGGCAGAUGGCUCUGUAAAUAUGAGAGGGCUGAGAGUAUUUAUUUUCUGUAUGUUCAGGGUUUAUAUGAUUGCAGUAGAGCCCCAGGAUCUAUAACAGUAGGUGCACCUACCUGUCUGGUUGGUGGUAGGGAGUGUUCCAUUAUUUGUUUCUGUUCUCUUCUGUCUCCUUUUCUAUAAUUAAAACUGUCGUCCAGUAGAUUAAAGGGAAAAAAAAAUUGCUAAAAUAUUGGGACUAAAACAUAAAUGGUGAAAAUAAAUAAUUACUGAACACAGUCAUUUUGGGGGCCCAGAAUGUGCCCCCCCCCCCCCCCCCCCCCGUGCAUCUAACUCCUGAGGACAGGUGGUAUGUAUUUUUUAGGAACACACUGAGUAGACGUUAUGUUUGUGUGCUGGUUGGUUGAGGUAUCCUGGAGAGUGGGUCACAGAGAUCUCCCUCACUGUAUAUAUUCUUGGUACCAGCUCUGUGAUUGGUACUGCCGAUUCUAGCGGGCGUACGUUUCUGCACAGAAGAGGCAGCCAUUUUGUACAUUGAGUUAAUAUUCCUGAUAAUGCAGAUGGCCCUUCACGUGGCACCGGUGUCAUUGAAGCACAAAACACCAGUGCCACCAUCAUGUGAUUGGUUCCUGGGGCAGCCAUAGGCCGCUCUCUCACAAGAUGGCUACCUGUAAUGGCUGCAGGCAAUGGUCACACUAGAAUUCCUGUUAGGCUGAGGGACUGCUUGUGUUAGUUGGGUGAUUACUGUAUUGGGCCUAUAAGAGGUAGGUUAUAAUAUACUCUUGUAGGUUAGAGUGAAUUCUGUGAGGGCCGCACAAACAGAACGGGCGUCUGGAUAGAGCCCACCCGGGGGACAUCUACUUUCCUGGGGCUAAUGUAUAAUCUGCUACAACUUGAUGACAUUUUCCAUCUAGCCCAACAAAUACACAAAUGAGUCACUUUCCCUUUCGGGACAAAAUGCACGAUCGGGCAUCCGUGGCGUUUGCGCCUUCCACCGCCAGCCGUACCACUCUGCAGUCGCUGGUAUAUAAAGUGUGCAGUGUUAAUAUGAUGUUAGUUUAGGAGGCUCCAUCGUGUCCUUUGUCCAAGAGCUGCGUGUUCCACUGUUCCGUCUGUAUAACAGAGGAGUCUCUUAUCGCUGGAGGUGUGACCUAAUACACGUUAGUAAUGGCAGCGUGGAGUACGUGGCAGGAAUGGCUGUAUAUGGUGUAGACUAGCAGAGAACAAUUCCUAACACCAGCCGGGUUACACGUGACGUGGCCCCUUCUCUGCAGUGCCUGGUUCUCCUCUAGAACCACGUGCCGGUCCUACAUGUGCUGGAACAUCCCCCUUAUUACGGAAUAUCACUGGGAAACUGCCCGGUGGGCUAUAAUGUGAGAAUCACUUGUGUGCCACAUGCGGUUACAUGUCUGGUAUUAACGCAGAGCUCCCACACACCAGCACAUGUCUUCCUGCCAUCUUGUAUUUGGCGUUGCCCAUUGUAGCCUAUAGGCUACAAACCGCACUGGUUACCGGGCGGUAGUGGCCACUGAUACGUGUGCAGCCUGCCGUUCCCGGAACCAGAAAGUAGUGAUCACACUAUUGAUGUAUAUGGCAGGGCGCCAGGAACAGAAAUGCACGCUGCCGUCUCUGCGUCAGGCCGCAGCAGGAUCAGGGCGGGUUACGCACACAGUACAUGACUGGGCGGAGUAACAAUGGCGGCAGGCCUAUGUAUAUGACAGGACACCAGGAACAGAAAUACACGCUGCCGUCUCUGCGUCAGGCCGCAGCAGGAUCAGGGCGGGUUACGCACACAGUACAUGACUGGGCGGAGUAACAAUGGCGGCAGGCCUAUGUAUAUGACAGGACACCAGGAACAGAAAUACACGCUGCCGUCUCUGCGUCAGGCGGCAGCAGGAUCAGGGCGGGUUACGCACACAGCACAUGACUGUGGGCGGAGUAACAUUGGCGGCAGGCCUAUGUAUAUGGCUGGACGCCAGGAACAGAAAUACACGCUGCCGUCUCUGCGUCAGGCCGCAGCAGGAUCAGGGCGGGUUACGCACACAGCACAUGACUGUGGGCGGAGUAACAUUGGCGGCAGGCCUAUGUAUAUGGCAGGACGCCAGGAACAGAAAUACACGCUGCCGUCUCUGCGUCAGGCCGCAGCAGGAUCAGGGCGGUUUACGCACACAGCACAUGACUGGGCGGAGUAACAAUGGCGGCAGACCACUCAUUUAGGCUGUAUGAUCCCAUCAUAUCUUAUAUCACCUUCCCUGUCUUUGUAUGUUGCCACAUAUUACAUAUUGCAGGAUGCUAAUAAAAGUCCCAGGUGACAAAUCUGUAAGUAGGUUAAAUAUAGAAUAUUGCUUAUAACACAUUCUAUAUUCCAUUCUAUAUAGUGACUAAGCUAAUAAAUCUGAUAUAUAACAUGGCGUCCGUGUCGGCUGCAGUAGACAUGCGCAAUGCAACGUUCCGGGACAAUCGGAGUCAGGAAGACUACGGGCAGAACUUACUAACUGGCGGUUCCCUGACGGACGUCGCCAAACUACUCAAUUUACUACUCAGCGAUUUUGAUGGGGUGUUAUAAAUCGCUGUUGGUUUACACGUCACCAAACCGCCACAUCUAUCUGGCCAAUCAGGAGGUGAGGAAUCACAAUGCAGUUAUAAUUAGGGCACUCUUUAUAUACCCGAUAAUGAGGGAGAUAACAUUAAUAAUUCUAUUAUGCUGGGAACAGUAAUAUAUUAGGAGACAAAGUUAUUGUGUACGUUUAUUAAGAGGAAUAUUAUUUAUUAGUUACGUUGAAGGGGCAAUAUUAAUACUGUUACCCCGUCAUCGAAACAUUGUAUCAGUUUUCAAAAGCAUUUCUUAUAGCUUUGGUGGUUUCUACUAUUUAGCCCUAGGGGUAGAGUGAUCACAUGAUCCUAUGGUCACAUGAUGUUCUGUCCAUGUGUUUGGUGGUUAUUACAGGUGUCACCCACCUACUGUAGAGUGUGGCUGGUAUAUACAUGAUAUAUUUCCCUGUGGUCGGCGGCUCCCUCCUUCCUCCAUAUGUGCGCUCUGCGUUUGAUCCAGUGUCAUCGCAUUUCCCCAUGUGUAUGUAACAUUGUAUCUCACAGAUAUGCAGCGCCUCAGUAGAAUAGGAUUACAGAGCCGUACAGCGGCAUAACUGCGUCCCAGAGCCGUACAGCGGCAUCACUGCGUCCCAGGCGAACGUUAAUAUUACAGCUGUCCUGCCCUCACAUGUCAAUGUUACCAUAGUUCAGAUUACAGCGAGGAGGUGGGUCAUAGCGCGUGUUACACGUGGCGUCCUCUGGUGCGUCACAGGCUUUGCUGCGCUCUAUGGGACAAUAUUUGCGGCCAUAUCCCUGAAAACACUUGUAUUCGGAGUAUCGAGUAUCCCCCAAAUGUAUGAAGGAGGGACCGCAGCAGAUAUCUCCGAUAGGUUUCUAUGGAGGAUCUUUAUCAAUAUGCGGAAUGCGAAGUAUUCCCGGUAUGGGCCCCCGCAUGGCGGCAGCCCGCUAUAAGGUACACAUCAGUCCUGCAGAGUUCCCUAGAAACCUCCAAUGGAAUUGGCCUCUAUGCAUGGCGGUCAGGCUUACCGCACGUGUGCAGAAGCCGCGGCACCGCACUCAGCACAUCGCAGGGACGGUGAUACAUUCCCUGAUGUGAUCGCAUUUUACAGUGCAAUCCUGGGCGCUAGAUUGUGUUGGAAAAUGCGAUUAUUGAUAAAUGGAGCCCUAUAUCUUUCUGUACAGCCAAGUUACCUUCUACACAGUAGUGUGCCCAGCCUAUUACCAACAUGCCCCCCCAGUGUCCACUUCCCCCCACAGCGACGGGCGCCCUCGUGAAGAUAAAGACACUGUGCGGAUUUUCGGUGCCCGUCUGCAUGCAGGUAAUGCUGUGUUGUUGUUGGGCCAGAUUUCGAGGUGCCCGCCUCCAUUUCUCACACAUUCUCAAGAAAGGGAGUGUGUGUUCCUCUUGCGCACUGCGGCAAACUGCGCAAGCCCUGUGACGCUCACCAUGCGUAUAUGAGCAACACUCAAGUGCAUCCGAUCUUUUCACCAUUGGGCGCAAUGUACAGCCACUGACUGGUGCUCCCAUAACACGCCCUGGACACUCCCUCUCUUUGUGACUUUGUCACCUCCCAGUCUUCACCCUGACCCGCCCAUGGAUUGCAGAAACCACCUCAGGUAAUACCGAUGUUCUUCACGCAUGCGCAGUUUGCAGAUUAUCGCUCCUAACGUGCAUCUUCUAUGCCCAUUAACCUCAUUUCUGCUGAACAAUCGCACCGGUGUCUUGGUCUCAGCAAUGCUGGUGGUAGUGACCGCGUCACCUCCUGUGUCACUAGACCACAUAUCAUUCUCUGUAGCCGCUAUGCAGCUGUGUCUCUGAUGAGACAUUGUCAUUUCCUGGUGACCACUCAUAAAAGCCAUAUUCUAUAUAAAGCAGAAGGCAGGUUAUCCUCACCCACUGUGGCCACAGAAAUCUGCGGAUGCAAAGGAUGCUGGGAGAACAUGGCGCAUCUCCUCACUGAGCUCAGGGCACAAACAUUGGAGAAUUCACUCCCCAGUAGACAUUACUUGGUUGGUUACUCACAGGGGCUCAUUCACUCCUCGGUAGAUAUUACUUGGUUGGAUACUCGUAGGGGCUUAUUUACUCCUCUGAAGACAUUACUUGGUUGGAUACUCAUAGGGGCUCAUUCAAUCCUCGGUAGAUAUUACUUGGUUGGACACUCAAGAGGGGCUCAUUCGCUCCUCUAUAGACAUUACUUGGUUGGAUACUCAUAAGGGCUCAUUACUUCCCAGUAGAUAUUACUUGGUUGGAUACUCAUAGGGGCUCCUUCACUCCUCUAUAGGCAUUACUUGGUUGGAUACUCAUAGGGGCCCAUUCACUCCUCUAAAGACAUUAAUUGAUUGGAUACUCAUAGGGGCCCAUUCACUCCUCUAUAAACAUUACUUGGUUGGAUACUCGUAGGGGCUCAUUUACUUCUCUGAAGACAUUACUUGGUUGGAUACUCAUAGGGGCUCAUUCAAUCCUCGGUAGAUAUUACUUGGUUGGACACUCAGAGGGGCUCAUUCACUCCUUUGUAGACAUUACUUGGUUGGAUACUCACAGGGGCUCAUUCACUCCUCGGUAGAUAUUACUUGGUUGGAUACUCAUAGGGGCUCAUUCACUCCUCGGUAGAUAUUACUUGGUUGGACACUCAGAGGGGCUCAUUCGCUCCUUUGUAGACAUUACUUGGUUGGAUACUCACAGGGGCUCAUUCACUCCUCGGUAGACAUUACUUGGUUGGAUACUCACAGGGGCUCAUUCACUCCUCUGUAGACAUUACUUGGUUGGAUACUCAUAGGGGCUCAUUAACUCCUCUGUAGACAUUACUUGGUUGGAUACUCACAGGGGCUCAUUCAUCCUCUGUAGAUAUUACUUGGUUGGAUACUCAUAGGGGCUCAUUCAAUCCUCUGUAGAUAUUACUUGGUUGGAUACUCAUAGGGGCUCAUUCAAUCCUCUGUAGAUAUUACUUGGUUGGACACUCAUAGGGGCUCAUUCACUCCCCGGUAGACAUUACUUGGUUGGAUACUCAUAGGGACUCAUUCACUUCACUCCUUUGUAGACAUUACUUGGUUGGAUACUCAUAGGGGCUCAUUAACUCCUCUGUAGACAUUACUUGGUUGGAUACUCAUAGGGGCUCAUUAACUCCUCUGUAGACAUUACUUGGUUGGAUACUCACAGGGGCUCAUUCAUCCUCUGUAGAUAUUACUUGGUUGGAUACUCAUAGGGGCUCAUUCAAUCCUCUGUAGAUAUUACUUGGUUGGACACUCAUAGGGGCUCAUUCACUCCCCGGUAGACAUUACUUGGUUGGAUACUCAUAGGGACUCAUUCACUUCACUCCUUUGUAGACAUUACUUGGUUGGAUACUCAUAGGGGCUCAUUAACUCCUCUGUAGACAUUACUUGGUUGGAUACUCACAGGGGCUCAUUCAUCCUCGGUAGAUAUUACUUGGUUGGAUACUCAUAGAGGCUUAAUCACUUCUCUGUAGACAUUACUUGGUUGGAUACUCAUAGGGGCUCAUUCAAUCCUCUGUAGAUAUUACUUGGUUGGACACUCACAGGGGCUCAUUCACUCCUCUGUAGACAUUACUUUGUUGGAUACUCAUAGGGGCUCAUUCACUCCCCGGUAGACAUUACUUGGUUGGAUACUCAUAGGGGCUCAUUAACUCCUCUGUAGACAUUACUUGGUUGGAUACUCACAGGGGCUCAUUCAUCCUCGGUAGAUAUUACUUGGUUGGAUACUCAUAGAGGCUUAAUCACUUCUCUGUAGACAUUACUUGGUUGGAUACUCAUAGGGGCUCAUUCAAUCCUCUGUAGAUAUUACUUGGUUGGACACUCACAGGGGCUCAUUCACUCCUCUGUAGACAUUACUUGGUUGGAUACUCAUAGGGGCUCAUUCUCUCCCCGGUAGACAUUACUUGGUUGGAUACUCAUAGGGACUCAUUCACUCCUCUGUAGACAUUACUUGGUUGGAUACUCACAGGGGCUCAUUCACUCCUCUGUAGACAUUACUUGGUUGGAUACUCAUAGGGGCUCAUUCACUCCUCUGAAGACAUUACUUGGUUGGAUAUUCAUAGGGGCUCAUUCACUCCUCGGUAGACAUUACAUGGUUGGAUACUCAUAGGGGCUCAUUCACUCCUCUGUAGACAUUACUUGGUUGGAUACUCAUAGGGGCUCAUUCAUUCCUUGGUAGAUAUUACUUGGUUGGACACUCAGAGGAUCUCAUUCACUCCUUUGUAGACAUUACUUGGUUGGAUACUCACAGGGGCUCAUUCACUCCUCGGUAGAUAUUACUUGGUGGAUACUCACAGGGGCUCAUUCACUCCUUUUGUAGACAUUACUUGGUUGGAUACUCAAGGGCUUAUUCACUCCUCUGUAGACAUUACUUGGUUGGAUACUCACAGGGGCUCAUUCACGCCUCUGUAGACAUUACUUGGUUAGAUACUCACGGGCUUAUUCACUCCUCGGUAGAUAUUACUUGGUUGGAUACUAAUAGGGCUCUUGUUUAGUGCACAGUACUUUCUUGGUCAAACAAAAUGGCUGAAACAUUGCCAACAGUAAGUUAAUAGAAACGGUCCAUGUCAAACUCUCUAAAUGAGCACAGAUAUAAUUCCAACUACUGCAUGUUGGUGUAUGUAUAUUUAUGUAUGUUUGCGUGUGUAUGGGUGUAUAUGUAUGUAUGGGUACACGCAGUACAUGUCAUGCAGGACUCUGAGUGAGUGGGUGCAUUGCAGGCUGGCCCAGCAUUGUAUAAGGGCACUUUACAUUCAUCUAACCAACAUAGGUACAGGUCAACCAAAGUUGUUCAUAUUUUUUAAAUAAGGGUUGAAUUUCUUAAAUCACAUUUCUUUUUAUAUAUAUAUAUGCAGAUAAAAUGUGUAUUUACCAGAGCUCUGUUUGUUGACCCCCCCGCCUGCAGUUACCUUAGAUGUUGGGGGGGUAAUGUAACCCCUGCAUUACCACAAGUGAGGUUGGAGGACAAUGUGUGUGAGGUGCACUGUGGUACCUGGUACUGGGGUGUAGGAACAUCUGUAAAUAAAUACCAUGUCUUACUUAACCCAUAUUCUUAACUUGUUGUACAAUUAUGACCUGUUUCUACAUAGAAAAUAAAACUUUUUUACCCUA